UCCCUUAUUUACAUUUUUUUUCAGCACGCUUAGAAAAACCCUACCCAUCGUCUUCCUUCCGAGUCUCAUAUAAAAUCUUUGUUUCCAUAAAAAAAAGUCUUAUAAAACUAAAAAAAAAUCGAAUUCGAAGAAACUCACCCUUAGCCUUUUAGGGUUUCCAAUCUCUCAUCUCCUCCCUCUCUAAAUCCGAUCACAAUCGCCAAAGAUCCUUACUUUUUGGUAAAUCCCCUCACUCAAAGAUUCGAUUUUUACCUGUGAACCGGAGCUAAGCUUCCUUCGGAUUCUAAUUCCCAAGGCAUUGUUCGACUUAUAUAACACAUAAAGGAACAGACUUUUCGAAUCUGCGAGGGUUAACAAUGGACGACCUCGAAAACGCGAUACUAAUCUGCUUCGAAUCUGGUCCCGUCGAAGCCUCGUUAAAGCCCCAAGCCGCUGCUUACUGUCAGCAAGCCAAAGAGGCCCCGGACAUAUGCAGGAUUUGCAUUCAGAAGCUCUGGUUCUGCAGCCUCGUCCAGGUCCAGUUCUGGUGCUUGCAGACUCUUCAGGACGUUUUGAGGGUUAGCUACGGAUCCAUGACGUUGGAUGAGAGGAGCUUUGUCAGGAGCUCGGUGUUCUCUAUGGCGUGUUUGGAAGGUGUUGAUAGUAAUGAGAACGUUGUGAGGGUUGUGGAAGGGCCUGUGUUUGUUAAGAACAAGCUCGCUCAGGUUUUGGUUACUUUGAUCUACUUUGAGUAUCCUUUGGUCUGGUCCUCUGUGUUUGUUGAUUUCAUGGGGCAUUUGAGUAAAGGGGGUGUUGUGAUUGAUAUGUUUUGUCGGGUGUUGAAUGGGUUGGAUGAUGAGUUGAUUAGCUUGGAUUAUCCUCGGUCGCCGGAGGAGAUAGCGGUGGCUGCGAGGGUGAAGGAUGCGAUGAGGCAGCAGUGUGUGCCUCAGAUUGCUAGAGCUUGGUAUGACAUUGUCUCUGCCUACAGGAACUCGGAUCCUGAGCUCUCUGCUACUGUGUUGGAUUGUAUGAGGAGAUUUGUGUCUUGGAUUGAUAUUAAUUUGGUUGCUAAUGACGCGUUUGUUCCGCUUCUGUUUGAGUUGAUUUUGUCUGAGGGGUUGGCUGAUCAAGUCCGUGGGGCAGCAGCUGGGUGUGUCUUGGCCAUGGUUGCUAAGCGGAUGGAGCCGCACUCGAAGCUGCCUCUGUUGAAGACUCUUCAGAUAAGUCGUGUUUUUGGUUUAGUGUCUGAAGACGCUGACUCUGAGCUUGUGUCGAAGGUAUCCGCUUUGGUUACUGGCUAUGCGGUUGAGGUUCUUGAAUGCCAUAAGCGGUUGAACUCAGAGGAGACCAAGGCGGUCUCCAUGGAUCUGCUCAACGAAGUUCUGCCAUCGGUUUUCUACGUCAUGCGGAACUGUGAGGUGGAUUCUACUUUCAGCAUCGUCCAGUUUCUCAUGGGUUACGUCUCAACUCUCAAAGGCCUCCCUGCACUGAAGGAGAAGCAGCUCCUCCACAUUACUCAGAUUCUCGAAGUGAUCAGAAUCCAGAUUUGCUACGAUCCCAUGUACCGCAAUAACCUCGAUGCGCUGGACAAGAUUGGGUUGGAAGAGGAAGAUAGAAUGUCCGAGUUCAGAAAAGAUCUCUUUGUCUUGUUACGUACAGUGGGACGUGUUGCUCCUGAAGUUACACAGCAUUUCAUCCGCAACGCUUUGGCAAAUGCUGUUGAAUCCUCCUCUGAGAGAAACGUCGAAGAAGUAGAAGCUGCGCUCUCGCUUUUGUACUCGCUUGGAGAGUCUAUGACGGAGGAGGCCAUGAAAUCAGGAUCCGGAUGUUUGAGUGUAUUGAUUCCGAUGCUCUUGACCACAAAGUUCCCUGGUCAUUCGCAUAGACUAGUUGCGCUUGUCUACUUGGAAAACAUAACUAGGUACAUGAAGUUCAUCCAAGAAAAUUCACAGUACAUUCCCAAUGUUCUUGGUGCUUUCCUUGACGAAAGGGGUUUGCAUCACCAGAACGUCCAUGUGAGCCGUAGAGCUUACUACUUGUUCAUGAGAGUAGUGAAAUUGUUGAAAUCAAAGCUUGUUCCAUACAUUGACAAGAUCCUGCAGAACCUUCAAGAUACAUUGUCCCAGUUGACGACCAUGAACUUUGCCUCAAGACAACUAUCAGGAACUGAAGAUGGCAGUCACAUUUUCGAGGCCAUUGGCUUAAUCAUAGGGUUAGAGGAUGUCCCAGCUGAAAAGCAGUCAGAUUAUCUGUCUUUACUGCUUACUCCUCUCUGUCAACAGAUUGAGAAAGGACUCAUGGAGGCAAAGGUUGCAAGUGGUGAAGAGUUCCCUGUAAAAAUUGCUAAUAUCCAGUUUGCCAUUGUGGCAAUUAAUGCUCUCAGCAAGGGCUUUAGUGAACGUCUUGUUACUGUGAGCCGUCCUCGAAUUGGUCUCAUGUUUAAGCAGACGCUUGAUAUGCUUCUAAGGAUUUUGGUUGAGUUUCCAAAGGUUGAGCCUUUGCGGAGUAAGGUCAUAUCACUCAUACACCGUAUGGUUGAAACCCUUGGACCCUCUGUGUUGCCGUAUCUCCCCAAGGCUUUAGAACAGCUACUUGCUGACAGUGAGCAGCCGAAGGAAAUGGUUGGUUUCCUGGUACUACUCAACCAGCUCAUCUGCAAGUUCAGCGGCUCGCUCCGCGGUAUACUGGAAGAAGUCUUUCCUGUGGUUGCCGACAGGAUUUUCAAAGUAAUUCCAAUAGAUGGAUUAACCCCAUGCACUGGAACUGUCACUGAUGAGGAAAUGAGGGAACUGAUCGAGCUUCAGAGGACGCUCUUCACAUUUCUUCAUGUGAUGGCCACACAUGAUCUCUCUUCUGUAUUCCUUGUUAAAAGUAUGACGUAUAUAGAACCGAUGACGCUGCUGCUUUUGAACGCUUCUUGUACUCACAAGGAUAUAACCGUACGAAAGGCAUGCGUGCAGAUAUUCAUUAGACUUAUUGAAGAUUGGUGUCCCAAGCCAUACACCGUGGAGAAGGUCCCAGGUUUUCAGGAUUUCAUGAGCAACAGUUUUGCAACCAACUGCUGCUUGUUAAGCGUACUCGAUACAUCAUUUGAUUUCAAUGACGCGAAUACUCAGGGCUUGUUAAGUGAAAUCAUCACGGUUCAGAGAGUGAUGUAUGAAAGAUUUGGUAAUGCGUUUCUCAUGCAUCUUAUGUCUGGAGCUUUUCCAUCAGCAAAUUGUCCACAAGAAAUGGCGGAACAGUAUUGCCAAAAGUUGCAGGGUAAUGAUAUUGGGGGGCUCAAGUCAUACUACCAGUCCCUUAUUAAAAAUCUCAGGCUUCAACAAAACGGGAAUCAUGUUUUCAGAUAGCAUUCGAAAUAAAGGUCUCUAAGGUCAAUUCUUCUGCGAGCUCUACCACUGUGAACUCUAAAAGUCUCUCUGCAGGUUUCUCCAGAUGUAAAUAUUUGUUGUCGAUGCGUUACUUGAGAGGCAACAAGUUGUACCUUUACGAAAGAAACAUGUUAUUGAUUCUCUCUCCCGAAGUAGUUUACUCAGUACCACCAAUGCAGUGCAAGUUCUUCCAGUGCAACACUCCAGAUGUUUAAUUUGUUUUUUCUUUUAGCCUUUUGGUCAUGGGAUUGUAUCUAUGAAGCCUCUCUUUUUGCCAUAUCUCCAAAUUUUGGUUAUGUCGUUACUCAUGAAUUUGUGCUUUCGGUGUUACGUGCUUCUUCUUGUCCAUGAAAAUACUUGGAAAGAAAAAAAGAAACAUAAAGUUUUGGCUGAUU